UCCUCGAUCUCGUUACGUGAGGGUCAUGCACAAAAUCGUGUAACCGCAUUUUCGCCCUCAAAAACACUAUUUUCACUACAAGUGACUGUGCGUUGUUUGAAGUCAUGAUGGGCGGUAGGACGAGUGCAAUCGCCGCCGGCGUUGGUGCCGCGCUGUUCGUUGGCUACUGCAUCUACUUCGACAGGAAAAGAAGGAGUGACCCAAACUUCAAGAUCAAGCUGAGAGAACGGAGGAGGAAGCAGAAGGCAGCGAAAGAGAGAGCUGGAUUAUCAAGGCUUCCAGAUUUGAAGGAUGCUGAGGCUGUUCAGAAGUUCUUCCUCGAGGAGAUUCAACUGGGGGAGGAACUACUGGCACAGGGAGACUAUGAGAAAGGAGUGGACCACCUGACCAAUGCCAUUGCGGUGUGCGGUCAACCUCAGCAGCUCCUGCAGGUGCUACAACAGACCUUGCCUCCACCCGUCUUCCAGAUGCUUCUCACCAAACUGCCCACCAUCAGUCAGCGCAUCGUCAGUGCACAGAGUGUGAGUGAUGAUGACAUUGAAUAAGCGGAGGCCCUGUAUGUAUGACACUCUCCAGCAGAAUCUUCUCCCACCAGUUUUACUACUCCAUGGUGAAAUUGCUCUCCUGUUUCUUCCCAUCCACCUAAAAAAGAAACCGGCCACUCAAACCCCCUUGCAUAAAAUUCUUAAUUUUUCUUAAAAAGGCCAUAUGAGCCUGUAGGUUUUCCUGUGUUAAGAGUAUCAGUGUUUUUGAUACAUUUAUUACCUCUUAUCUUGACAUGGUCAAAUAACAAUGAUUUAGAGGCUGUCAACAAACGGCAGUUAAUGUUUUUGAAAUCUGUGAAAAUGAGGGAGGGAAAAAGAAUGCCCAUAUUUUCAGCUGCCUUUAUUACAUAGUAUGGCAUUUGUGGCAAAAUCAGUAAAUAUGUAGGGUGUUCUUUUACUGGCAAAGUUCGAGAGCAUGCAAAACAUUUACGAAACUCUCCCAGUUUUCUUUUGCUCUCAUGCAAAACACAUUUGUGAGGAUUCAAAUGUAUCCUGCUCUCACUUUGGGUUUGGCCUGUUCUGCUAAACCUGACACACACACACACACACACACACACACACUCAGGUAGAUCCUGUUCUUGCUCACACUUGCUCUUCCGUUUGGGGAUUCAAAUUUAACCUGUGUGCUCACAAAAUGUCUGUUCUCUUGCUUUUGGAUUUUCUUUUCAACAAUGCUGUCAAAAGUCCUCCUCCAUUUGGAUGGGGUUAAGGGGUUACUGACGCUCCCCAGAGUUCCAGUGCCAGCAUUGGUUGGGAAAAGCACAGUAAACACACAAAUGCUGAAACAAGGUACAGAUUGAUUGACCGAGUUACUGGCAUAGGGUAAGGUGAGUGUAUACGGUAAGGCGACCUAUAAAAGGUGAUUAAUGCAGACUUAAGACAUCUACAGCUGCACUGGGCUAGUUUUUCUAUGUGGAUUAGCCAGCUUUAACUGGGACACAUUAUUCUUUACAAUCAUCAUGCAUACAAAACAAAUUAAUAAAGCUAUGUUUUAGUUAUUUAAUGCAUUCAUAAUGCUUUCUUUGUGAAGUUGAGAUAGUCAAGCCCAGGGGAAGAUUAGCUGACAUCAUUCAGCAAUCUUUAAAACUUGAUGUGUAACCAAGACCUACAGAGAGUAAUUAGCCAUACAGGCCCAGCAGAUAGCAAAGACAUCUCAGAACUAACUGGCUAGCUUUAUAUAUGUUUACCCAGUAUAUUGCCUAACAUUACAGGCUCUUUGCCAGCUAUAUCUUGUAUAUGAUGUAACCAUGUAGCCAAACGUGGCUAUACUGGCGAGAUGAUGAUAAUAGCUGGAUAAUUAUGUCCCAGUUAACUGUAAGAAGCAGCAUAAACUAAAUUGAUAGAUUAAGGUUAUUGAACUUUUGUUAGCUAGAUGUCGUCUUGAGUAAAUCUGGCUAAUUGUUAGCUUUAAUGUUUCGCAUUUGCUGUGCCACCUUUUGAAUAUAAAAAUGCUCCAUCUGGAUGGAGGGAUAUUUAAUAUAUAUAUAUAAAAAUAAAAUGAGAGAGAUGAAUGAGUGUGCACACACUGAGUAAUGAAUUGUUACUCUUGACCUGUCCAAUAGGGCCAAAAGUGUCACAGGACAAGUUUGAGCGUGCAUGCACAUUCCCCAAACAAAAGAAUAGCAAAUUUGUGCAAGAGUAGGCAGUAUUUGAGAGUGCAAGGGAAGUUUUGUACUAGAGAAUUGUUGAUUUGAUUGAGAAAAUAGCUACGUGUUUUGCACGAGAUGAAAGGUUCGUGAAUCAUGCUCUAUACUUAUGGCAGUACAAAAGAAUGCCAUAAAUAUGCACUGAACUAUUACUGCACAUGGUUCACAGUUGCUUCUCUGCUGUAGACAAAAUGUUUACAUUGUCUGGUCCUGUGGUUUUCAGUCCCAUGCCUGGGGAACAAAUAGAUCAACAUUUUUGUAUUAACCUCCUCAAUUAUCCAAGGGUGCUGGGGCAGUGUAAAAGGUUGAUUGUAAGGCCCUAUGACUGACAGGGGCCCUAAAAAUCCUUGGAACAUCAAGUACUCCCCUCGCCUUCACUGUGGCCCAGUGUGACGUAUUUUCAUGGUGCCCAAAUUGCCUGGUGAUGCCUCUACCAGUAUCCUUGAUAAAGGGCUUCAUAAUUACCUGAACUAAAUCAAGUUUUGUGGGAUUGGGCAAAUGGAUAAAUUAAUCCAUUUGGGAUUGAGAACCCUGGUUUUAUCAUUAUCAAGAAUUCUUAUUUUAAAAAGGUCAAGAAAGUAGGGUGUAAAAUUAUAAAACUGAGUUAGCAAGGUAACAUCGAUGCAUGGAGCUGAACAAUGUUGCCUUUGGUGCAGCUCAAGGGUACCUAAACUUGUGUUCCAUGGGAGUGCAUUGCUGCAGCACCAUCUUGCAAAUUCAGCUUUGCAGCACAUCCCCUGGGCCUAUAGAGAAGUCAGUGUUUUAUUCAUGUGUCAAGUUAUUUUUUAAAAUACUGUAGUGUCAUGCAUUAUUUGCUUGAGGCUGCAGUAAUUUUGAAGGUGUUGGAGUAUUGCUCUUGCUAAGGUCCUUUGUAAUGAGUGUUUUUGUUUUUAAACAAACAAUAAAAGCCUGAUGAAACUGA